CCUGGCCUGCCAGGAGACAGGAGCAGAGCGCCAGCAUGGACUCCGGAGUCAGCGUGCUGAGGAUCCUCUUCCUCCUGGAUGUAGGAGGAGCUCAAGUGCUGGCAACGGGCAAGCCCCCUGGGCCUGAAAUCGAUUUCAAGUAUGCUCUCAUCGGGACUGCUGUGGGCAUCGCCAUAACUGCCGGCUUCCUGGCCCUGAAGAUCUGCAUGAUCAGAAGGCACUUGUUUGACGACAACUCUUCCGACCUGAGAAGCCCGCCUGGGGGCCUCAAUGACACUGACCCGCUAAAGAAGAGAGCCCCAAGAGCCCAUGUCCUCAGGGACCAUCUUGCCGAGGGACCUUUGAACUUGCUGUUUUCUGUCACUGGAAUGCUCUUUGCCAGAAAGCUGCAAGCCUCGCCCCUCCGUUCCUUCAGAUCGCCGCUUCAGCGUCACUACUGCAUCAUAGAGAGUCUAUUUAAAGCGAAACCACAAUUUCUCCGAAAGCAUUUGCCCAGAUCUGUGCAAAUUAAUCAACUACAGAAAAUGACACGUUCCCCAAAAUAUGCCUAUUAACCUCAAGGAAUGACUUCUCUUUUUGUCAUCAAAGUGGAUGAGGUUUUGUUUGCCUCGGGUUUGGCAGGCAGAAAACAACUUCCAGGUUGAGCCCUUCCCUUUACCCAGAAGCCACCGGCCUUCAGGUUCUUUUCUGUGUUGCACAAGAAAGUGUCCCACCUUGCAGGUUUUGCUGAUGAGCUCUUUUAUACCUGUUUAAUUGUGUGAGUUGCAUAAACACAUGCAAUAAUUAGAGCAUAGUUCUUCUGUCAAUAAGUCUUCUAGACGAUUCUCUUCCUUUCCAGAGAGGCACAGGUGAUUGAGCUGUAGGUGAGCAGCCAUGAGAAGAGGGGGUCCAGCCCUGUGGACAAGGGCCCACAGUUACCGUCUCAGAAUGUUCUGCAUUUGAACACUCAAGUAAUGGUAAUAGACUUUCACAUGGACUGAAUAUUGGAGGAAAAUAAUAGAAGGAAUAGAAUCUACAGUGCCUUCGUCCUGAAUGAAAAUAUCACUCCUCUUCCGCAAGAAGUGGACUACACAGAGGGAGGCUUGAGCACUUUAGCCUGCAGUAGGAAAAGAUGGACAUCUCAAACUUCACCCUGUGUUAGAGCUGUUCAUGCUUAUGCAAGGGCGUGGUGUCCAUGUUCGUGGAACCUACCACAGAAAAUGGCUCAUGGAAAAGGGAAUGGGACCCAACACACAGCUUCCUACACACGCCAUCUUAUUAACAGUUAGGCAGUACUUUGUUGAAUGAUUAGCUUCACCUUCUUAACUGCCAGGAGAUCCCUUUCUAAAGAUUCAGGAGCCCUGAAACAUGGGGUCCCUGGGACAGUCUCCAGCCCUAUCAAUGAAUACUGGCUUCCUGGAGCAGAAAUGGCAGGCUGGGCUAGCAUUGGAGGAAGGCCUUUGGUGUUCCUGGGAUGGGCCUGCUGCUCUCAGACAUUCAAAGGACGGAGCUAAGGAAGGACCAAAUGAGAAAGCAGAUGCCGUGCCUUGUAGAGGGCCAUGAAUGUAAGUUAUAAUUGUUCUCCUUAUAUAAUUAUUUUGUGGUUAUUAUUACAAUGUGAAUGGCUGGUGCAUAAAAGACAUGACUGGUGGAGGCUCAGGAAAGCCACGUCAUUCUGCAAUUGCCACCACGCUAAGGCCCAAUGAGCAUUUCUCUCCUUUGUGAUAUUAACCCUGUGUUUCGGGGGUCACAUCACGGAAUAUUCUUUGCCUUUCCAGUUUCCAGGAACUCUGCUGGACUGGGCUGUCCUCCUCAUGUGUGAUGAAAGAUGAGCUAUAUUUCAGAACAAAGUGCUGUGUUGUCAUAAUCUGCCUGGACUCCCAGGGCAUCUCUUAUCCGACUUGAUAACGAUGCUGUUCAUUAGCAGCCUUUGUUAACUGAUAACCAAGAGUGGUAAUGCGAUACUCAUAAGCAAUUUUCUGUGUGUAAGAUAAAAUGAACCAUCUUGUAUGUGAUCUGCUAA